AGUGCUUGCGGCUACCAGCGAGUUUUGGUAGCCCUGGAACCUUGAGCAAUGUCGAGCCUAACUUUGCCCUUGCUACGGACUGAACACUCCGCCACAGAAGCUGACAUCGUCGAGCACUGGGCUGCAAAGUUGGAGGGGUGUCCACCGCUUCUGGCGCAACUGCCUACAGAUCAGUUGGGACCUGCCGAACAACAUCGAGAGGCCGACGUGGUCUCAGUGACUUCAUGGCUCAAAGGCAGUGUGCUGCCACAGGACCCUGCAGAGGCGGCGGCUCGACUGGUUUGCGGCCUUGCCAGCUUGAUGGGCCGAUAUAGUUUGGGCACGGAUUUGAGCGUGGGCCUCUGGCGCGACCUGGCGGGGACCACGGGGUGUCAGCCACUGCGGGUGAGCUUGUUGAGGCAACCUGGUGACACAAGCCCCCUGCUUGUGUCGGCCGCCAACGAGGAGGAGAGCUCUGUGGUGACGCCCCUUUCCUCGUUUGCGUCGGGCGAGUGCCUCCUUCAGCGCAUCCAAAAGGAGGUGCUUCUCCUCAAGGAUCCCAAGUUGCUCCUCUCAGAGAGAGAAUUGCGGAAAUUGGACCUGAAGUCCGCGAACGAGGCAUCGCCCACCGUGUUGCGACCCUGCAGAUCACUAGAGAUCUUUCUUGUUUUGGGAAGCGCUGCUGAGCCACCUGCCUCCUGCCCACAGGCCGCGGUGACGCUAGUGUGUCCUCGAUGGCCGCCUCGCGGUAACAGCGAUCCCAAACUCGAGAUGCGGUGUUGUCGAGGAUUCUUUUCACCUGAUACGGUCGCCAGGAUGCUCCGACACCUCACGAGCCUCAUGGAUUCGCUGAGCAGGUCCCCGGAGAUGGCGCUGUGUCAACUGUCGCUGCAGAGCGAGGGCUCGGUCGAUGAGAUGGAAGUGUCUCAGUGGCAGGACGCCUACAGCUCCUCUUGCUAUGUACCUGGUGCAAAAGAGCAUUUCUCUGCAGAUCGAUCUAUGUCCUCCAUGAUCGAGACCACGGCAAAGGCGUUUCCGAAUGAGCUGGCCCUGAUGGAUGAUGGUUCUGGUACGACAUACACCUACCAGGAAGUCUUGAAGAUGUCCAGCUCACUGGCCUUCGCACUACGGCAAGCUGGGGUCUUCCCGGACUCGCUUGUCCCACUGAUGGCCUCGCGGGGAGUGGAGAUGAUUCUGGGCAUCCUUGGGAUCAUUCGCUCUGGAAGCGGCUAUGUCCCGCUGGACCUUCAUUGGCCAGACGAUCGACUGGAAGACGUCUUACGCCAGUGCGGCAGCCAGGUGCUUUUGGCUUCCUCUGAUUGCCACACCAAGCUUUCCUCAAUUGCACGCAGAGUCUCUUUAGUCACCACUGUGAUGGAUGUGAAGAGCCGGGUGGAUGGACCUACUGUGGCUGAUCAAGGCAAAGGCAAUACACUGGCCUAUACCUUCUUCACUUCUGGCACCACCGGAAAGCCCAAAGGAGUAAUGGUAGAGAACAAAGGCUUGGUACAUCGCAUUCAUUGGUUCCAGCAGCGCUGGCCCUUGCAUCCUGGAGAGGGCAUUGUCUCCAAGGUGGCGUACACCUUCGGCCUGUCGGAAUGGGAAAUCUUUUGGCCUCUGACGGCUGGCGCGACAUUGAUCCUGGCUCCACCAGGUGGUGAGAAGGAUGCGGAGUAUUUGCUACGUCGUGCCUGCAAUGCCUUCACCCCACCUUCGCCUCAGGAGCGUUUGAUACCUGGAAAGGGGCCAUCACCAGAAAAUGUGCACUACGUGGCAGCUCACGUGUUUGUGCCGUCGAUGUUGCACAUGGUCUUCGAUAAGUACGAUGAGUUGGAGGAGGAAGAUAUGCAAAGAAAAGCAGGAGAGCAUCACGCAGAUGGAACCUGGUGGCAUCACUCCAAAGCUCGGGAGAUCGUCACCUGUGGCGAAGCCUUGAACCCAUCCUUGGCACAGAAGAUGUUCUCCCGCUUCCACCACUGCACGCUGACGAACUUGUAUGGGCCGACAGAAGGCGAGAUGACCUACUGGGACGUCCCUCAGGGCCGGGCCGUGCUGCGGGUCUCUGCGGGCGCUCCAAUGCAUGGUUCUAAGGUGGUCCUCACCGACCUCCGAGACCACCGACUCUCCGCCGCGAGCCUGGAACCUGCAGAGAUCGCCUUCGGAGGACCCUUCAUCGCGCGUGGCUACUUGGGGAGGCCGGAUCUGGAUGCGAAGGCCUUCGUCCCCGACUUCACGGCCUCGGAGCCCUCCGAGGCCACGGACUCCACGACGCUCACUGGAUCGACGAUUGGAAGCACUCCGAUGAGCAUUGAGAACUGCGAGGAGGGAUCCAACACUCCUCCCACGAAGCUUUCAGAUCGUUUGUACAUGACAGGUGACUUGGGACGCUGGCGAGAAGGUGGCAUGAUUGACCUGCUGGGCCGCAAGGACUUUCAGGUGAAGUUGCGGGGUUUUCGCAUCGAGCUGGGCGAGAUCGAAGCCGCCUGCCGUGCAGCUGGAGCGCGGGCAGCGGUCUGCGUCUUGCGCAAGAGUAGGAAUGGCACACAGGGGCUGGUGGCUUACUAUGAGCCAGGUCCGGACCAGGAGGUGCCGGAGCCGGCCGUGCGCGCCUCGUGCCAGAAGUCCUUGCCGCCCUACAUGCAGCCACAAGUCAUCAUGCGCAUGGAGAAGCUGCCGAGGAAUAGCAAUGGUAAGAUUGACCGACCCAAGCUGCCCGAGCCACCGACCAUGACCUCACCAGCGGCCUCUGCGAGCCCCCCGGAGACCCCGGUGCAGAAGACAACUGCGGCCACCAUUGCAGAGAUCUUAGGUCUUCCUGUGAGCGCUGUGCACUUGGACUCGGACUUCCAGGAACUUGGUGGGAAUAGCUUGCUGAUGGGCCGGGCCAGCACUGCAAUCAAGAAGGCAUUCAAAUUGAGCAACUUCAAAGGGACUGCGAUGUACCAGUUGGGAUCUGUGCGACGAAUCGCUGGAGCCAUUGAGUCAAUGCUGGAGCGGAAGCCCAAAGAGGUGGAAGAGAGCCCCAUUUGCAGCUCGAGCUUGUCCAUGGCACAGCUCCCACGCCGGACUCAGUGCAGUUCCACAUCUUUCUGCUCGCUUUGCAUCCAGGGCAUCAGUGUCUUUUGCAUGAACUUCCUCUUUCAAAGCCAGGCGUGGUCCCCCAUUUGGUGGGCAGCAUGGUUCAUCUACGAGUACUAUGGGAGAAACGCUCUAUUUGUAUACUUACCCAUUGCUGCGGCCUUGGAUAUUGUCAUGAUGUUUAGCUUUGUGGUGCUCCUGAAAUGGCUCAUCCUCGGACGUGUGAAGCCAGGCAAGAUUGAGCUUUGGUCUGGAGAGUACUACCGCUGGUGGUUCGUGAACACCUUGUUGAAACACUCGCUGGAUCAAGCGCUGCCACUGAUCGCAGAUACCUCUGUGGCAAAUUGCCUACUCCGCGCGCUGGGAGCGAAGAUUGGUAAAGGAGCCAAGAUCAGUGUUUUUGCACUUCAUGACCCCGACCUUUUGGAGGUGGGCGCUUAUGCAACCAUUGGAAAGCGUGCAAAGCUGGCCACUUCAAGCGUGCUUCAUGGACAAGUGCAUUUGAGCUAUAUUCGAAUAGGUGAAGGGGCGGCUGUAGGGCCCACCGCUGUCUUAUCACAAGACACAGUGGUACCUGAUCGGAAGGCAGUGGUGCCGCUGUCCACCAUGCCAGGCUGGCACGGCCCCGUGGGGUCCGUGGCCUUCCAUGAUGCCCAGCCGGCCCGAGCCUCCGAACAAUUUCAUCGGAGGCAAAACCUUUUGCGCAUUGUGUUUGGCCUGCCUGCUGUAUUGAUGGCGGAGGUCCUCCCGUACUACGCGACCUAUUUUGUCCUAGUGUGGACCUACGAUGGUCUAUAUGAUGACAACCCUCUCACUGCCUUUACCAUAUGGAGUGUUCUGCUCUCUUGGAUCUAUGCUCAUCCGAUGUGGUUCUUCCGCAUGGUCGUCGUGAUUCUGCAAAAGUGGUUCCUCAUAGGCGACUUCCGAAAGCAGAAGAAUGAUGAGCUGAGCCACUGGAAAGAGUGGAAACAUUGGGUCCAUGGCCGCGCUGUGGAGUCACAUGACUUUGAGGAGCUUUGCGAACUCUUUACCAACACGGAGUUCCUCUCGUACAUCUAUCGGGCCUUGGGCACCAAGAUCGGACGACGGGUGCAGAUCGAUCAGCUGCUGUUGAUCACCAUGGGGAUUCAACGAGCAGUGAGGCUACAUUUCAUUGAAAACGACUGCGUGAACAUUGAUGAUUACGUGGUCUUUGGCAGUGAAGUCAUGCUGUGCACAGACAUGCACGCACCCUGGGUUCCGCUGGAGUACAGCAGAAAAAUGGAUAAGAAGCGAGGACCAAAGCAGCGCUUUGCAGACAUCAAAAUCUGCAAUGCAGCGAACGUCCUAGACCACUGCACACUCCUUCCUGGUGUCACAGUUGCAGAGCGAGCGGUGCUGGGGACCUGUACCUUGGCUCCGGCGGGUAGUUAUUAUCCUCCCCUGGCCAUCCAUUCGGGAAGCCAGCGAGGCCGCUCCAUGCAUUUGCGGGACUACUUCGCCUCUCCCGCCAUGCGGGAACUCGAGGACAAGACCAUGCAAGACUUAGACAAUCCACUCACAUGGUGGAGGUUCAACUUUGUCAUCAUAAUGACGAUCUUGUUGGCCACACCGAUCCCGGAAGCCGCCUGGGUGGCCACAUACUUUGGCGUGACGUCCGUUUGGGACUUCGAAAGUGAUGGUGUGCUCAGCUUGCUGAUUUUCACUCCAUUUGUUUACAAUUUCAUCGAGCUUGUUUUGCUUUUGAUGAAUAUAGCGCUCAAGUGGCUUGUCAUCGGCAAGUACAAGGCUGGAGAAUAUAAGUUCUUCGGUUCCUAUCACACGCGCUGGAUGAUCAUGAUGAUUUGCGGCACAGGAAUCAGCGCGCUUCAAGACUGCCUCCGUGGCACCGUCUUUGAGGUUUGGGUGGCUCGAGCCUGCGGCGCACGAGUCGGAAAGGACUGCUACCUAAGUGGCCUCAUCGUCGAAUACGACCUGCUAAGUAUAGGUGACCACGUCGCGAUUGGUUCCGGGUGCGACACCACUGGGCACACUGUGGAGAACAUGGUCAUCAAGCUCGCACCCACCAGGAUUGGAGAUGGCGCAGCACUCCUUCCAGGAUCCUUUGCAAUGCCUGGCUCUGUCAUCGAGGAUGAGGCGGUGCUCAUGGAGCACACGCAGGUACUAAAAGGAGAAACCGUACCUUCAAGAGAGGUCUGGGCAGGGAUGCCGGCUUCUGGCUGCAAUCCAGUCCCGAAGUGAACGGCGCAUGUGAAUAGAAGAGUUGCAGACAAAGCCGAGAAACGAG